AUGGAUUUGCUGGCAACUUUGACUGCUGACAAGCCAGUAGUGAUCUUCAGCAAGAGCAAUUGUUGCAUUAGCCAUUCUGUGAAGGCUCUCAUAUGCAGCUUCGGUGCCAACCCUACAGUUAUCGAGGUUGACAAAAUGGAAAAUGGGCAACAAAUAGAGAGGGCACUGAUUCAACUGGGUUGUCGCCCAACUGUACCAGCAGUGUUCAUCGGACAACAACUUAUAGGUGGUGCUGAAGAACUCAUAAGGCUCAACGUCCAAAACAAUCUUGCUCAGUUGCUUUUAAGGGCUAGAGCUAUAUUUAUUUGGAGUCCAUAA